GGAGGGUGCGUAUUACUUGAAUUGCAUUUCGAAAAAGUUACGGACUGUUUACCGAAAUGAUCAUCAUAACCUUUAUUUGUCUGGAACAAAUCUGGAUGCGCCACUGGUUAUGCUUACGACCAAUAGGAUUUAACUAAAUAGUUUGCGUUUAAACUUUAACACUAAGGUUGUUGGCUGCAGUUUAUGGUCUUGUUUGUUGGCGGACGCUCUCAGAAGUUCAACGAAUGCAAUGCGGAUUCCCAUCGAAAAGUAUUGUCUUACAGGGGGAAAUCAGAGAGUGGCGCCAAUGACACUGGAAGUAAAGUAUCUCUGUGUGUAAUACUUAUAUGGUAUUUUUCAUUUCAAUCUACUUUAUGGAGGAAUGUGCAUGCUCUGUUCCAUAAUCCAUUGACGUGGGGACCUCGGAGGGCUGGCGGAGAAAGCCUGGAUGACUGGGGAGUUGUCACUACGCUGAGCCUUGCAAUAUAGUAAACCCAGACUCAUGCUUUUGUUUAUAGACUUUCACGUGAAUAACGUUUUGAAUACAUAUUUCAACAAUGUUGCGACUGGCCUGUAAACAAAUAAAUUGGGCGUGCGAUAGGCCUAACUUAUGUUUCCGAAAACUCAAGUGGUCCUGGAUACAUUGAAUACGAUUAUUGUCAAAAUAAUAACCAGCGCCAGGUGAACGUUCACAAAGUAACUGUUCCGGCACCGGAAUUGCUGCACUCUUUGUUUCAAGUUUAUUGUAGUAGGCCUAGAUGGAGUUUUGGCUGACUCAUUUUAGUCUUGCCAUCUUAUUAUUUUUAGGCCUAAUUACUAUCAACAAAAUAAUCCAUGUUUAAAUUUGUGAGUCGCUAUUAAAAUGGUUGAAAAUCGAUGUUCCGUUCAAAGGGAAGGGGUCUACCACUGGUUCUCGAUAUUGAAUUCGGCCCAGAGAGCUGAGUUCCUUUGUGGGCUUUUGGACCUCUGUGUUCCAAUCGAACUACGCUUCCUCGGGUCUUGCUUGGAAGACUUAGCCCGCAAAGACUAUCACUCCCUCAGGGACGCCGAGAUCAAAGCCAACAACCCUGCUGACCUCUCGAAUCUUACCAACAUCACGGACGACGUCGUGAGGAGCAAGCUGCUCAUCUCCCUCGCACUUCUCAGCUCCGACAACCGAGAGGCGGCGGGUGUUCUCUUCCGAACGCUCACGCACAUCGACAGCAUCAUCAACAACUAUGGCCUGCAGCUCAACGAUGGACGAACGGGGGAGCAGUUCCUUCUCCUCUUCACCAUGGCAUCCAAUCACCCGGCUUUCAGCUUUCACCAGAAACAGGUGCUAAGACAGGAGCUGACCCAGAUCCAAGAGAUCCUGCAGGUCACCUGUGGAGAGCAGCAGGCCGGCACUGGAGGCUGCAGCGGGACUGGCUCGCUGGCCACCCUGUCUCCCGCCACUAGCAUCCCUACCUACAUCACUGCGCCCACCCUCAACUCCUGUCAGGCCGGGUGUCCAUGUUGUCAUAAGACAACGCUCCGAGAGGACGGGGCAGGGCGAGGGGACGGUGCAGGGCGAGGGGACGAGGGGAUUGUUCCAGAACCCAUGCCCCACAUGCCAUCUCUCUCAUGCAAGGAGCUGCCAGUCAAGGUGCAUGUUGGGAAAUCGAGCAAAGUGAACAUAGAGAGGAUAGAGCUGAGUGGAGUGACUCACAAGGGGGAGAAACCAAGUGAAUAUAUGCUAGAGGUCACAUGGUCAGACUCUUCUGUUUCCACUGUGAGCAGGAAUCACCAGGAGGUGCUGAACUUUCUCUCCCAGGUCUCCCAGCUUUUCCCUGAUGAAGGUCUAGAGAAGUUCCUGCUUCAGUCCCCUGGCCUUCAUCAGGCCCCUGAGCUGGACCCCAGGUGCCUGACAAUGCUUCCAGCCCACAUUCUCAAACACUACCAAGUUAAACUCUUCUUCAGCACUGCCACCACCGCCCCCUCCUUCCCCCCCACUGCAGGUAUUGGGUGCUUGCUUCAAUACAGAGGAGCCAACAGGGCUGUAUGUGGUGUAGCCAGUAUCCAGACAGUCAUGAGCGUUCACAACUCCAUUCAGCCUUGCUCUCCAACCCAGCUGCCCCCUCUGCCCCCCCAGGGCACUGUGCCCAUCCUUCCCCCUGGUGGGGUGGGGGUAGCAGGGGGGGACAACGCGCCCCCUCCCGGCUACCUCCAGAACCCUGGUCCUCCACUGCAGAGCAGCCCAGAACAGAACGGCAUCCUGGACUGGCUGAGGAAACUACGCCUGCACAAGUACUACCCAGUGUUCAAGCAGCUGACCAUGGAGGAGUUCCUUGGACUCACAGAGGAGGAUCUGAACAAGUAUGACCUCACCCAGGGAGCCAAGAAGAAGCUGAAGACGCAGCUGGAACUGCAGAAUAGGGAGAAGAUGGAGAAGAGGUAUAUGUUGUCCCAGUUCCCUGUGUCCUGCAGUGGCAUUGCCAGGGUUACUCCAUCCAGCCACAUAGUCCCAGUGGCACACGUCCACUCCAGUAGCAACACAGAGCUGUGUGUGGAGGUAGAGACUGGCGUGCACCCUCUUGCCCGGGACAGCAGCUCCUCUUCAGGGUAUUCCAGCGCCCCCUCCAGCCCCAUGACCCCUCACUCUCUGUCUCUGUCCCGGGAAGGGGCCUUUGACAGGGCCAAGGAGCCACACAGACGUAUGGAGUCAGGACUAGACCUAGGAGAGAAGGACAGGACUUAUGUUCUCCUAAACCCCACCGUUACAACAGGGCCUAGUCGGCCCACUGCUCAGGUUCUUCCCGUGCAGAAUGAUCCUACUCCCUGCCCCUCCCACAUGAGCCUCCCUCCUCCCUCCCUAAACCUACAGUCAUCAGGAUGCAUCCUGGGUUCCCCCCGUAAUCCCCGGCUACCUCCCCUCUGCCCUGACGAGCGGGCCAAACCCCUGGGUUCAGGUGUAGCUGUUGGGGUGCGACUGGAGAGCGUGUUCCCUGGCCUGAGUGUGGACAGUAUGGGGUCCCCUCCCCUCCAUCAGGACUCUGCCGGGCCACGGGGGCCCUCUGGGGUCACCGUGCUGCGCCCCCCUCCAGUCUUGAUGGUGGAGACCAGCUCCGCCCUCACCACAACCUCCAACACCCUGCACCACGUCUCACACCCCCCUCUACACCUGCAGGUGUCCCCCUCCCUAUGGCGUGCUGGACACUACCCCUACCCCUCCUCUUCUGCCUCUUCCUCCUCUCCCGCCGCCAAGUUAGCAUUUCCGUCUGUGAGUGGCGUUCGCAUGGGAACUACGAGCAGUGUUCCCAUGGCAGCGGUGCCAGGCAACACCUACUGUGUGAGCAGUAGUGCUGCUGUCCAACCCAGCUCCAGUCCCACAUCCACAGAGACCAGCAGCUACGCUGUCACCUCUGGCUCCACCCCCAGCUCCUCUGUCUGCGUCUGCAGCUCUUGUGGCUGCAGUGGGAACUGUGGCUCCUACGGGGCUCUCCCGGCCAGCUACGCAGGGUACUUCCAGCACCCCUUCUCAGGGACGUCAGUGUUCACCCUGGGGCCCAUGCUUCACCUCAGUCCCCUGCUGGCUGGGAGCAGUACUGCCACCCCCUUCCCCUACCCCCUGGUGGCACCGCCCCUCUACAACAACAGCAUGUCUCACAGCCAUGACACCCAGGGGCUGGUCCUGCCCCCCAUGCAGGGCUUCCUGGGGGCCGGUGCCAACCUGCACCAGCCUCAUGGGGUGGUGGGGAACGGAGGGCACAAGAAGCCAGGGAGCCUGUCCUGCUACAACUGUGGGGUCACCGGCCAUCGGGCACCGGAAUGCAAGCAGCCACCCAUGGACGCUGCUCAACAAGGCACGUUCCGGCUGAAGUAUGCUCCCAAAUCAGACAGCCAGGACUCUGGGGACUAAGAACAAGAAACUCCUGUGACCUGUGACCUCUGUGCACAUCAGCACCUUAUGCUCCUCCUGAUGGAGGAGUCCCUUUCAUUUAGGUGACUCUUUGAAUCUUUGAACACUCUUUGAUGAUUGGUGAAUGAAUGGUAGGCAGAGGCCACUUAACUCAACUGAUGGAAGUCAAAGCAUAGAGUCGGUUUGGAAGGUGCUAUUAACCCCAGUCCAUCUGUAACAUAUGAUUUUGAUCAUACCAAAUACAAGAGAUGGUCAGGUCUAAACCCUGAGGCCAGGGUAUACAGUAUUUUCGAAUGGGAAAUGAUUUAGCUGUACAAAACCCAAAGUUGAAAAUAUUAUACAAUACUCCUCACACUACUUGGUACACACCUCAGCCUCACUCAGUUCUCUGGUCAAACUCCACAGAUCUACACCUUUCAUAACAACUCAUGUAGUAUGCAAAGAUGUCCUUUUAAGUCGCUCUGGAGAUGACAGUGGGAUGUAUCUGAGAGGAUGUUGAAGUGUGAAUGUAAAGACUUUACAGUAUAAGAUGACUGCCAAAUAAUGCACAUUGACUGACUGACUGACAGAGCAGGUCUGUGAGAAACACAGAGGAAGAGAAACAAGUGCUUUAUUCUACACAUUAUUCACUGGCCCUAUACAGUGCAGGUAUUAAUGGUGAAAGAAUGAUGCAAGCAUUCUUAGUUUAGAUUUUAAGAUGUCAUUGAUAUUUGUGUUGUUUAAUCAUUUAGAAGUUUAGAAGUUGGAGCAGUCUAAUUGUAUAACCACUGCCUGAAAUGUGUGUAUGUUUUAAUUGUAUGUAUAAUGUUAUGUAAAUUAGAUUUUGUCAUGUUUUAUAAUAGUUGGAUUUUAUGUGAUGAGGUGGUGAUAUGUAAGAGGAUCCUUUUUGAGAAAGAUUUGAUAUUGAAUGUCAGUGAAUGUGUCCUUGAGUUGCCACCAUGGUGUGGCAUGUGAAAGCACUUUUAUGAGACCGGCUGGUCCCAGUCCAUUGGAUGUGAGUGUGACAUGAGGACAGUAGUCCUCAAGGAUGGACAAGUUAUUGUUUUUUUGUGUUGCACUGGAGUGUUCCUAGCCAGGUCUGGAGGACACAAUUCAGUCAUAAGGGACAUUUCGUUGAAAAUGAUCUUUAUAUACCAAAUCAAAUCAAACUUUAUUUGUCAUAUGCGCCGAAUACAACCUUACCGUGAAAUGCUUACUUACAAGCC